UAUGAGCGUAGCACGGAGAGCACGCCGCAUAUCAGUUGGUUCGCAGCUUCGAUCGUAUCUGGACGUGCAAGCGUGCAGGAAACUCCGCCGUGAACGUGAAAGGUCUGAGUAGAUUGUGCGGUCACCAGAUCAGCGCCUUGGGGAUUCUUAACUUCCGGUGAACAGUGUGAUAAAUUGGUGUUGUUUUUUGCUUUGUGUCAAAUUUGAAUAUAUGUGCUGGUUUUUGCUGGUUUGAACGAGAACGAAGAAAUUGUAGGCAGUGCGUGUGCGGGUCCCCUGAACGUUUCUCGAAUUUCUUCAGCUGCAAACGUCCUUCGAGUUGGUUGGUUCGCGUUUCGGGGAGAGUGCAUCGAGGCCAAGUGUUUUCAAAACAGAGCGCUAAUUGUGAGCACUAUUGUGUGCCGAGCCGAGGUGCAUUGGCAAGUAGCAGAGCGCGUUGUGUGAAAAUAAACGAGCUAAAAUUAAGUUUAUCGAUUGUGCCGCCGCCGAAGCGAACGAUGCGAUUUCCGCUGUUGGCAUUGCUGUACAGAUCCUGGAAGCAAAUCUAGAACGGAGUGGAAUUCAGCCAACGGCGACCAAGUGGUUGUGCGGGAAAUUGAUUGAAAAAAAUCCGACCAACCAGGGAGAAAAUAGAAGUGAGAGCUCUAGGCACAACAGAUCUAGCACCGAGGAAAAAUCGUUCUCGGGAAAAAUUGUUUUAGCAUGGUAGUUUGAGUGCGGAAAACGUGUUGGUCUUGUUUUAUUUACCGUGCGGUUUCUGUGUGUGUUUUCCGGAGAACGGUACAAGGAUCCACUGCUCGGUGUGAAGCAGCAGACAACCGACGGUCGUUGCGACAGGUCCUGUCUGCUCAAGAAGGUGUGUCUGUGAGGUAGACUCGUAGGUUUACCCAGGAUCAUUAUCACAACAGCACAGGUGUAUGCCGUCUGCGGAGGAUUCAUAAACGAUGUGAAUAAACAGUUUCAAUAAGCCAGGCAAGGGUUCAAAUGGUAUCAAUGUGUCUGCAUAGCCGCAUUGAAAGCAGCCUGAACAGGCUACCACCAUCACCAACAAUUAAUUCGUGCAUCUAACGAUACAGCCGAAUACCUUAGCCAGUAGUGGCCUCCGACGCCACCAUUGGCCCAUCAACGCUUUCUCAACCAACGCACCCGCAACGGCUUCCUUUAGCCAGUCCGUCGGAAGGAUGAUCAAAUCCUACAAGCUGUACCUGACGUUGCUGAUCAGUUCGGUGUUCAUAAUCCUCUGUCAGAACCAGAUAUCUAUAGCAAAUUUCGUAAGCACAUCCACGGCUGCCCUAGCCGGAAGCAAUGGUCCUUCGGCAGAGGCACAAGCCCUAAUUGGGGAUGGACUGGGUCUUGGCGAUCAAGACCCAGAUCAGCCAGCGAUUGUGGACAAGAUUCGCUCCAGGAGUCUCACCUUCAACGAUGUCCGAUCCUUGGGAGGUGGCACGAAAUCAACAGAUCGGACUACCACGACCUUAGGAUCCAGUAGCAGUAGCAGUAGUACAGCAAGCACUUCAACUAGCACAACCACCAGCACGACGACGACGACCUCCCAUGCCGGCCAAAUAUCGCAAACUGAAAGUAAAACCCCGUGGCGUAUCGAACCGAAAUCGUGGCCUGCAGUGGAUUCGUGCCAACGCGACUGAAGGUGUUCUCUACUUUGCUGACGAUGAUAACACAUACAAUUUGCAAAUCUUUGAACAGAUGCGCUACAUCCGAAAAGUGGGAAUGUGGCCCGUGGGUCUUAUCUCAAAGUACGGCGUCAGCAGUCCCAUUGUGGUCAACGGGUCGAUCACCGGUUUCUACGAUGGCUGGAUCGGCGGACGGAAGUACCCGAUCGAUAUGGCCGGAUUUGCUGUGAGUGUGAAAUUCUUGCUGUCCCGACCGAAGGCAGAAAUGCCUUUCAAGGCGGGCUAUGAAGAGGAUGGCUUCCUGCGAAGUUUGGAUCCACUGGAAUUGAAAGAUAUCGACUUGCUGGCAUCAAAUUGUACUGAGAUUCUAACAUGGCACACCCAGUCUAAAAAGAAUCCAGCAGCACUACCGUUGAACCUGACGAAGUAUGGAUCUACCAAUCUGGUAAAGCUAACACGGACGCUAGUUUAAGAAAAAAAUUUAAACGCAAAUAAAAGACAAAUCUAUGUUUCCGAACCGAAGUACAGCAGGAAUUGCAAUAAAUUGUUUUGAAUGAAAAGGUAGAAUGUUUGUAAAAAAGAAUAAACACAUUAUUCUGGGUGCUAUUUUAAAUUUUAAACAAAACAUGUUCACAAACCAAACCACAACUCAAUAAUUUUCAAAGCAAGACAAAAAAAAAACACAUUGGAGCGAUGUUUGCAACAGUAAACUAGACAAAACAGGGGGUACUUAAAGAUUGACGAUAGAAUGAAAUGGCAAUUGCCCAAUUGGUUGAGAUUGGUUUCAAGCAAAUUGAAAUUCCCCUACGAGAAACGGAGUGAAAUGAACCAGUUACGCAUUGUAAUGUAAAAUAAAGUUAGAUAGGAUAUGACAACAAUUAGGAACUGUAAGGAUAUAUUUCUUAUCCCAAAUUUCUUCCAAAACCAAAAACAGAUGAUUGUGCGAGUACGAAACUAGUUUGCAAAAUCAUCAAUCUUGAUCGCGUGAGGUUCAACCCUUAGAUGUAAAUAUUCCCUAAGUUCCUUAAGUGGUAAAAUAAUGAUUUCCGUUGAUUACUUUCCGUUGAUGAAUUUUCCAAACUUAAACUAGAUAUUCUUAGAUAGUUUUAGCUACAUAAAUUUUUACUAGUUAAAAUCAUGUAAAUACAUUCAAAUCCAGAAGAUCUGAAUUCCACUCAUAUAUUAAAAAAUCUUUCUGAUAUUUUAUUGUAGUUUAGAUAUCCAAAGAAAAAAAAACUAAGGAAAGUUACUGAAAAGACAGCAACAGUAAUAUCAUUGAACGACAUGCACUUGGUGCGACGGUUAAGUAAUACGAAGGAACACGAUACCACGUGCAAUAUCCUACACAUAUGCUCACAUUUCUUUGAAAAGGAAUAUCCUUUAGCAUUCUAAAAAUGAUAAUCGAAGUGUGAAUACCGAGCUUUCCCCUCAAAUUGGAGUUAUGAUUAAGUCAAACGAAAUCUACCAGU